CCUCACUUUUGUAUACCCUCGUUAUCUUGAUCUUUCUCGUAAAUGCAUUCAGCUGUCAGAGUAAUGUUUAAGUUCGAGCUGUCAUGAUGCUUCGUUCACUCGAUUGACCCACUUGUCUAUUCCCAUUUUGCCACUUUGAGAGCAGGUCAUGGAUUUGCUAGCUGGGACAUGGGGAUUGCUUCCUCUAGCAGGAGUGUUGCUGUUGGGAAAGUCUCUCGAUGUCGUCUUACUGGUUACAUUCACUCUCAUCAAGAAGUGGGACGAGGUAAAAGACUUGCUAUCCAUCAUCAAUCCUGCGAUUGUCACGAUCACAAUUCUCACCUCACUCUUCGCCCUCAUUUCAGUAUCCUUUAUCUGGUAUAUCAGAACCCUCCAGCAACCUUCAACACCAUGUACUGAAUUCCCAGUCAAGCCGAUGUUAUUCCCAUGUGAAACGGCUCAUGUACGGAUGUUUCCCACAAGUCAUGGCUUCAAGUACUCUUACCUCUUGGUCGGGAUCCCCGUUGGUUGGAAAGGAUCAGUUGGUGGGAUGAUCUCCUCGGACAUGGGGAAGAAUUUGGAGUCAUGGUACUCGAGACUGGCGUCUCUACAGCCAGGAGGUGCAUGGUAUACAGUCAAUGGAGACGACUAUUUGAAGAGAGGUCACGUGCAAGGGGGACUUGAAGGAAAGCUUCAUCAGUAUCUUGAGAGCGUGGGAAUCGAUCCCAAUCAAUACGCCUACGUCUAUCUCCUCACAGCCGCCCGCUUCCUCGGCUAUGCAUCCAACCCAGUCUCAAUCUGGCACCUCUACUCCGCCAGCAAAGAACUCACGGCUCUCAUCCUAGAAGUAAACAACACCUUCGACGAAAAGCGGAUUUACUUUCUCGAGCCCGGCCAAUCCCCCAUUGAUCAAAAUGACCCAGCCCACCGACCACGAUACACAGGAACCUGGCCUAAAGACUUCUACGUCUCCGUCUUUAACUCCCGCAAUGGAUCUUACUCCCUCUCAGCCAGCGAUCCUCUCGCCCCGCAGAUGAGUAUGAGUAGUACCCUCCCCAUCAACACAACAAUCACACUCAACAACUCCUCCUCACACGCGAAACUAGUCGCACGGGUGUACUCCACAGCCAAGGCAUUGGAUCCAAUGACGAUGUCCGUGUGGUCGAAAACGAGAUUCAUCGCGAGCUGGUGGUGGGUUGGUCUUGCGACGUUCCCAAGGACGGUGAGAGAGGCGUUGACUCUGUUGCUGGGGAAGAGUAUGCCAUGGGUGUUUAGGCCGGAGCCGAGGAGGGAGACGAUUGCGAGGAAGGCGGGGGAGAUGGAGGUUUGUAUUGAAGGGCAUUUCAGGCGGUAUUUGAGGGGCCAGGCGGAGAGUUGCGAUGAGGAGAUUGUGUUGCGAUAUGUACCUGCUGGUCUGGCAGAUGCGGAUGCUGAGGAGGAGGUUAUGAGUUCUUCUUCAGCACAACUUUCGUCUGGGACGGAAGCAACGGAGAUCAGAGUCUUGACGCCAUUAUUCUAUUCGCGACUCGUUCAGUACGGUUCCAUAGCCGAAGCUUUGGCAAGCGAGAGUACACUCAGCGCCACCGUUUCUAUCUCCCCGGAUCUGCUCACUACUUUCCAAUUCUUAUCCAAAUCGGACACAAAGAAUUCAAAUCCCAGGAAGAUCGAUUUCAGGCUUCUACUUCUCAACACUUUCAGGAAACGGCCAACUCCUAUUCCCAUUCCAGUCAAAGAGAGAUCGGAAGUUCCUGCAAUCCACUGGUCAGAGAAGAGCAAUGCCAAAGAUGAGGUAGCAAGUUUAGACGCUUUUGCUCUGUUGACAGCAAGCACCGAGGAGAAGAAAGUCUACUUCCAAGGAGUACUCAAGCUUAUGCUAACUGAUCGCCUGGCAUUCGGCUGGAUGGAGAUACUAGAUCUAGAGAUCUUCACAGUCAGAGCCGUCGUGAUGUGGGGGCUGGUGAAAUUAUUUCUGUGAGAUGGGAAGAACAUUCUGCGAUCGCACAUCAAGAACUAUCAAAAAACCGAACAUUGUGUUGAACGAGAUAUCGAACACCAUCACCUCUUAUUUUAACGAGGAAUCCUGUGGAAAGCGAAUGGAGGAGAAUGGACGACGGCUGCCUUCCAUCACCGUGUAUUCUAAAUAACCAGCGCUCUGGGAAAGGCCAGAAAGGAUUCGACCUUCCAAAGAGGAACUCAGACGCAGCCCCAACAGCCCCUGCUCUAGUCCCGGACGGUGAAGUGGGGCUAGGAGCCUGAAGAUAAUCAAUCCGGACGUAUGCUCCCACGCUCGGCCAACACAGGAAAUAACCUGAUCAGUAGAGAAAGACAACGGGAAAGAUUUGUAAUGCGACUGUUGAAGUUUAGAGCAGGUCGCCAAUGGCUGGAACAGAUAUACACGAUAGUCAAUAGAACCAAGCACAAAUAAACAGUAUAGAUAUAGAUAGAAGGCCGAG